AAAGGAUCUACCCAACCCACCUAACACUAUACUGAGGAACCUGUCACUUGUACAUAUAUUUCAACACUGACGUCGUUUUGAGGAGUGUCGGUGUACAGGAUGGCUGCCAUGACAGCCAGUGUCCUUAACAAUUUUGCUGACUUAGCCCUCUCCUUACCAUCUCCUUCCCUGGAAACAACCAUCAAACAAAACCCCACAGUAGUUGAUUCAACAGGUUAUGAUGGUCGGACAGCCCUCCAGAAGGCAGUGAUGGUAGGAAACCUGCCUGUGGUGAGACUGCUGCUACAGUAUGGUGCAGACCCAAACCUCAGAGCAAAGUCAGGUGAGACAGCUGUACAUAUAGCUUGUUGCAGAGGACUACUUAAUGUGGUUGUGACACUGCUCAAACAUGGAGGGGAUCCUAUGGUUGUUGACGGAGCAGGAAGAGUAGCCAUACACUGUGCAGCGAUUGCUGGAUCAAUGGUUCUUGUGCAAUACCUAGCAGAAGUUUGUGAGGUCAAUUUAGAAGCAGAGGAAAAUCGUGGCUGCUCCCCCCUUCACAUUGCUGCUGCAUGUGGACACCUUGGCCUCGUGCAGUAUCUUGUACAAAGCAAAAAAGUGAAUCGCACAAAGUUGGACAAUGAGGGCAACACAGUGCUACACUCAGCAGUCACAGGGGGUGUGUCGGGUGUGUGUUGGACGAUAGUGUACCCUGGUGCUGAGCAACUCCUCACCACCCCUAACACAGCUGGCCUUACACCUGCUCAAGGUGCCCAUGCCUCCACCUCCAUUUCUCCAGAUUGCCGUAAGUGGAUUGACAGGUGGACAAGACAGUAUGAGCGCAGUGGAGGAGUGGAAUCACCUCGUUGGCCAUGGCUGAUCCAGCUGUUAACUCCAGCUGCUAUUUUUUAUAUUGGAAUUUUACUAUCAGUAUUUGCCAUGCCACAUCACCAGGAUGGCUGGACUUCCCAUGUUCAUAGUUGCCUCGCAGUCUUGACUCAUAGCAGCAUCGGAUAAAGCAUCCUGUCAGGUGGCCCAAUCCAAUGUAUCUAGGAGCAUAUGGGGGAGGACUCUUUUCAACGAUUGCUUGCUACUUUAUAGGGAUUGAAGCACAUCGACACGAACCCAUCAUCAUCUCGUUAAUAAUUUGGACCACGAUACUCUUUCAUCUCAUUAUCUUCUAUAAGCUAGUCACAGGUGACCCUGGAAUAGUUAGAGCAGAGGGACCUCUUCAGGAAGUGUUGCGAGGUGUGGGUGAGGGGGUAGUCUGAGGAUAUUGUUCUGAGUGCCAGUUGGCCUCACCUCCUCUCUCCCACCACUGUCGUCUGUGUGUGGAAUGCCACCACCAGACAGACCACCACUGUCUCUUCCUUAAUACUUGUGUGGCAGCAAACAAUCACUGGCACUUUGUAAUGUUCAUUGUGUCACACAUAAUUCUUAUGGUUGGAUUUUUGCAAGCAGCAUACAGAGCUACCAUACCUCAGACUUCUCAAGGAGACUGGGUUGACCAUUUAGUGGCACAUGUAUGGUACCUAAUGGAUGAAAACAUGUGGACCCUCCUCAUGAUGCUGUGCAAUGGAGCCUCCUUGAUAUGGGCCUUUCAUUUUUGGGGCAAUCAGUUUCAAGUUAUAGGAUCACAGCAGACAACUCUUUGCCGACUUAAGUUAGGAAACCCUCUGACAAAGCCAACGAGAAGAGAGAAAAUGAAGAAUGUGUGGAGCUUUCUUAUCCGUGGCAGAGUUCCUUUAAGUAAUCAGACACAUUACUUUAAUCAGGUGUAGUUGUAAAAAGUAUAAACCCCCUUGUGUAUGAUGACGACACCUUGAGUACAAUGACUUAACCCCUUGAAUAUGAUAACUUAAUUUUUCAGAUAUGAUACUAGUCUCUUGAAGAUGGUAAUUUAACCUUUUAAGUAAGAUAUAUGACUUGUACUAAAGGGUUUAAUGUCAGUACUCAGGGGGCUAAGCAUAGAACUCAGGUGUUAAUUAUUGUAGUCAAGGGGCUAAGUCAUAUUGAAGGAGAUAAAGGUGUUGUGUAAAUUUGUAGUCUGUGGUAAUUGCUGUGAGCAUGUACUUGAUUAUAUUUAGUGAUUUAAAGGUACAAUCAGUUUUUACACAAUUUUUUUACAAGAUAUGUUUAUAUGUACAUUUUUUAGCAUUUGUAUGGUUCAAUUUCUGUAUGAGCUGGUGGUCAUCUUCAAAAGAAUCAGACCCAUAGUUAUACAUUGUGCUAAAUGGUAUGUUGGGAUCUUAGAAAAUAAUCAGUGAUUAAAAUUACAUUUACUUGCAAAUUUCACAAAUUACUGGUCUUACAAUGACUUGCUUGACCUUGUGAAUAUAAAAUGCCAAUGAAAGAUAACUUCAGUGUGUUUACGCUUUGUGGUGGUUGAUGUUGUUCUAGCUGAGGAAAAAUAUAUAUGUAGUGUUGGAAUUUAGGUGAAAAGAUCUGAAACUAUGAGCAUUUACUUUAACACCAACUUUUAUAAUUUAUUUUAAUUAAGUAAUACAAUGUCCAGCAAUAUACAAGUAAUGUGGCAGGUGAACAGUGAAAGUACGUACAGUACAGUACAAUGCUGUAUACAGGAAGACCACUUAUAGUUAAUAUUACAUUAAAAGAUUUGAAAACUAAACCAUAUCUCUGGGUUAUAAGUUCCAUUAAUCUUGUACACUGACUGUAGAAACAAAAAUACAUGUUGGCACACAAUAUCUUACCAAUGGUAGAAACA